AUGACAACGGAUAUUGUCCUUGACAUUGGCACGUCCAGCCUCCGUGUUGGCGUGAAGCGCAACAACCGCGUCGAGCUGCUGGCCCUCGACGGAGACGGCGCGACAGCCAUGCCUGCAUACGUUGCGUUCACCGACUCUGGACGUCUUUUCGGGCGCCGCGCCAAAGCCUAUGCCGCUUCCGCUCCCGAAAACGUCAUUUUCCGCAUGCUGCGCUUCCUCGGGGGCUCGAUGCGCGACCUCAACGUCCGCGCCGACUGCGACAAGGUGCCGUUUCGAGUCGUGGCGUCCAGCGACGACAAGCCCCAAGUUCGGGUGACAGUGAACGGCCAACCCUCGACGUUCGACCUCGAAGAGGUCAUGGCCAUGCUCUUGGAGCACACCAAGGCGAUGGUCGACGAGCAGUUGGCGGUGCGGCAUGUGACCUUGACCGUUCCCGCCUCCUUUACCACGACCCAGCGCCGCGCGGUUCUGGACGCUGCGGCCAUCGCAGGGCUCACCGUGCGCAAACUUUUGAACGCGCCGACGGCCGCGCUUGUCGCCUACAUGGCCACGCAUCCGUCGAGAAUGCACCAGGACCGAACUGUCGUGACGGUGACUGCCGGCGCCGGCUCGCUCGGUGUCGCCAUCACGAUCGACAGCAAUGAUGUGAGCACGGCGGUGGCGACCACUGGAAAUGCGCACCUCGGCGGCAUCGAGAUUGACGAGCGCCUCGUCCGGCACUGCAUCGCGGCCUUUGAACGCACCAUUGGCCGCGAUGUGCACCUGUCGCCCCGCGGCUUGCAGCGACUGCGCACCGCGUGCGAAGACGCGAAAAUCGCUCUCUCGACCGCGACGACGACCACCAUCGAAGUGCCACGGCUCUCGGGCGAGAACGACUUGGUCGUAUGUGUCUCACGCGACCAGCUAAACGCGCUCGCGCGCGACGUGAUGACGCAGCUCACGGCGCUUGUCGUCGAAGCACUUCGCAUGGCCAAGAUGGAAAAGGCCAACGUGGACGCGAUCGUGCUUGCCGGUGGGCUCGGGCGCAUGCCGCUGCUGCAAACGACGCUCGUCGACUUGUUUCACGGUCAGCGCGUGCGGCUAAUUGGCAACCCAUCCGAAGCGAUCGUCACCGGCGCGACGCUGUAUACACCCGACGGCGACGUGCUCGCCUUGCAGAGCCUUCCGACGCCAUUUUGGGUUGCGACAGAAGCACGCCAUCCAGAGUACCUUCUCCGCGGCUCGACAGAGUACUUCAGCACGACAGAAGACUUUUACACGACGCAAAACAAGCAGUCCGACAUCACACUGCUCGUCUACGAAGGCCUCGUCGGCCAGCGCGAGACGAGCCACCUCCAGGGCAAGUGGCGUGUCGGCCCACUGCCGAAGAGUAUCCCCCGAGGCGCGUCGGUCCAAGUGUCGUUUCAAAUCCUUGACGCCACCGGCACACUGGACGUUAGCGCCACCGUGGACGGCAAGGAAAUUCCAACGGCCAACGAGCUAGCACCGACAACGCGCGGUCGCAUGCGCCGCCUCAUCGAAGAAGCCGCAACACGUCGCCGCGUCGACGGAGGACAGGUGGUCAACGCUGCCCGCGCAGCCGCCAAAGCCGCCACCACCGAGUACACCAUGCGUCUGCGCGAAGCAUGGCACGGGGAUGCCGUCAGCCGCAAUCGUGUGAGCGAAGCGACGCGGGACGAGCUCGAUGACGCGCUCGCCGUCGCGCUCAAAUGGCUCAUCUUGAACCCGAAUGCGACCAUCGUCGAGUACAACGCCGUGCGCUUCCAACUCGAAGCUGUCGGCAGCCGCGUGAUCGAAGGCCUCUGGGACAUGGACGCCGCCCCGUCCUGGCGCCUUCCUGCCUAUUAGCCUGCGUGUACCAAGGGCUUCAACAUCGUUCGCGUCGACUCUAGUUUCCAUCUACUUAUACAAUACAUCGGGAAUCUCUCGCAUCGGG